GCAAGUCUUAGCCAUCAUCGGCGCACAUUUGGCCCAUCAUGGCCGGCUGCUGCCCUCGCAGUCCGCGCCUGUUUCUACACUUUCUCUACCCGUCACUAUUCGCACCCAAUGGCAUCUCUCGCCCGAGCCUGGCCGCAGCCAUCAGCAGCACGCGAUGCACGCGACGGAGCAGCACCGAGGCCUCGACGCCGAAGGAUGAAUCCGCUCCGAUUUCUUCCCACCUGAAUCCGGCCCCCGACGACUACUCCAUGUCUUACUUUGCCGACAAGGCCAAGCUUACUAUCCACGCCGGCGCUGGCGGCCACGGCUGCAUCUCGUUCCUGCGAGAGGCUUUCAUGGAGGACGGGCCUGCGAACGGCGGCGACGGGGGCCACGGCGGAAACGUCUACAUCCAGGCCGUACAUGGCGAAACCUCGCUUUACAAGCUGGCACGGAGGAAGAUUGUGCGUGCGGGCAAGGGAAAGAGUGGCCAGGGUAGUUCCAGGGGAGGACAGCGUGGCGAGGACGUCGUCAUCGCCGUCCCGGUCGGGACCGUGGUGCGCGAGCUGAGCCGGAACGACCCAGAAGCUGAAAAUCGAUUUCUAAGCCGGCGGGACCGGAGGCGGAAGAAGGCACAGACACUGGCGAUCGAAGAAGGGCCAGACGGAGAGCCGGUCGAAGACGCCGAUCGCGACAAGUGGCUGCUGUACCCUGGCAUGUCUUCCUCGGACAAGAGGAGAAUGGCCCUGCCUCCGCUACCGAACCGUGACCGCUUGCUUCAGCAGCCCAAGGAGCCAGUACACUUGGACCUAUCACGGCCCACGCCACGACCGAUACUGCUUGCAGUCGGAGGACUCGGCGGACUGGGGAAUCCACACUUUGUCAGCAAGGGCACACCAAAGCCCAUGUUUGCCACCAAGGGGGAGGAUGCCGUGUCCAUGGAGAUUGAGCUGGAACUCAAGCUCCUCGCCGACGUCGGUCUGGUCGGUUUGCCCAAUGCCGGCAAGAGUACGCUUCUCCGCUCCAUCAGCAAUAGCCGCACCCGCAUAGGCAACUGGGCCUUUACCACGCUCCAACCAAACAUUGGCACGGUUGUGCUCGACGAUAACAAGGGCCGGCCGAUGCUCACCAGUUACCACCGUGUCUCAGACGCCCAUCCCUCACAAAACUACCCCUUCAACGUCUCCCCGCAGCAGCCGGAGCUGGAGCGCCGUACGAGGUUCACCAUCGCCGACAUUCCCGGCCUGAUCGAAGGCGCGCACCUCGACAAGGGCCUGGGCAUCGCCUUUCUCCGGCAUGUCGAGCGCGCGGGAGUGCUCGCCUUUGUGCUCGACCUCGGCGCCGGGAACGCCGUGAAGGCGCUCAAGGCGCUGUGGCACGAGGUCGGCCUGUACGCCCAGAUGCGCGAGGACGAGGAGCGCGAGCGGCAGCGCCAGGCCGCCAUCGAUUGGAGCGCUGCCGCGGGGACCGACGCCGAGGACGCAACGUUUUGGCCGAGCAACAUGGCGGGCGACCACGGCGCGCCUGUCGCAAAUGCCGGGGGGCUGCACAUUGCCGGCAAGCCGUGGUUUGUCGUGGCCACUAAGGGCGACCUGCCGGGCACGCAGGAGAAUUUCAACGAGUUGAGGGAGUAUCUCGACGCUAUCAACAGGCGGAAGGAGCCGCAUCCAAGUGGUGUGGAAGGGGCGUGGACAAAGGAUUGUACGGCUAUUCCUGUCAGUGCGAUCAAGGGGCAGGGGGUUGACCGGGUAGUGCACUGGGCUGUCGGCUUGCUGGACGGCUAAGUUUGGGGUGCUGUCCUGCUCUGGCACAGCGCAACAGGACAGUGAAAUGAGGGAGGACAUGGCUUGGCGAGAGAUAUUUGCUUGGCCAUGUCCAAGGCGUGGGUUCAAGUGACUCGGCCGGGUAAGCAGCCCAUAUCACGUCACUGGGAGACCGGCCUGCUCGCCGUCGUCUGAAGGCUUCGGACAGUGGUGCUGCUUCCCGGGAUGACGACUUGCCCACCCGAGGCGCGAACCGAGUCGUGUUAAUCGAGAGUGGAUCACAGAUAUAACCUACAACGAUCUAAGCCACACGGCCCUUGUAUAUAUGUGUACUAUAGCCAGAUCUACAUGCUUCCAGGACUUUGUUAGCUCAGCAGAUGGAGGGACAAGCUGAGGGUUCGGUCAGGUUACUAAUCCGAAGCAGUUUUCGGCUUAAAGUCUGGUCUCGCCGACAACCUGGAACGACUAGGUUCACGCUUCCUGUUUCCUCAACCAAGCAAUCCCUGCC